AUGGCCCGUUCCUCCGACCGCCGCUCAGGCACACCGUUGCUGCAUGCCAACAGCCCUGCCAGCUCCGAUGUCGACCACGACCGCGCCGGCCACCGAACCCCACGACGUCUCUCGGACGAUAGUGACCACGAUCACGACCAUGACCAGGCCCACGACGACGAUGCGGCGCCGUCCUCGCAGCUGCUGCACUCGUCGUUGUCGACCGCCCGACCCACCGCCUCCCGCCAGAGCUCCUUUCUCCGCUCGCGCAGCCCGGCCGACCAGUCGCACCUGGCCGCCCGCUUGGCCGCCCGCAAAAAGUACGCCUACGCGUCGGUGUUUUUGGUGCUCUCGCUGGUGUCCUUUACCAUCCAGACCGAGCUGGCCGCCUGGGUCCAGCACGCCGGCUGGGACAAGGCGUACUGCAUGCUGUACCUGACGCACGGGUCGUGGUCCCUGCUGUGGCCGGUGCAGCUGCUGAUUCUGCGGCUGCAGAAGCGCCGCGAGCCCUGGGCGACCUUCUGGCGGCGGCACGUCUGGCUGGUGCGCACGACGGCCGUCAUGGUGGAGACGCGUGACCUGUCGGCGGCGACGGCCGCCGACCGUUGCCGGCACGGUCGCGCCCACGGCCCGGCCGCGUCGUCGUCGUCGUCGUCGUCGCUGUCACCCCUGGCCGGCCUCGUCUACAUGGCCAAGGCCACCGCCUUCAUCACCGUCGCGCUGACCGUGGCCGGCCUCAGCUGGUACGUGGCCGUCAACAUGACGAGCCCGAGCGACCUGACGGCCAUCUACAACUGCAGCGCCUUUUUCGCCUACGCCUUUUCCGUGCCCCUGCUCCGCGAGCGGCUGCGGCUGGACAAGAGCCUGGCGGUGCUGGUGGCCGUCGCGGGGGUGCUCGUGGUCGCCUACGGCGAUGCCAAGCCGGCCGGUGGUAGGGGUGGAAAGGGCGAAAACGGCGACAAUGGCGACAACAGCGAAAACGACGCCGAGAACCGCCUGCUCGGCAACCUCAUCAUCGGCGCCGGCAGCGUCCUCUACGGCCUGUACGAGGUCCUCUACAAGCGCUACGCCUGCCCGCCCGACGGCUGCUCGCCGGGCCGCGGCAUGAUCUUUGCCAACACCGUGGGCAGCUGCAUCGGCGUCUUCACCCUCACCGUCCUCUGGCUGCCCCUGCCAGUCCUGCACCUGCUGGGCAUCGAGACGUUUGCCCUGCCCACCGGCAAGGUCGCCUGGUACCUGUUUCUGUCCGUCGUCAUGAACGCCACGUUUGCCGGCUCGUUCCUCGUCCUCAUCAGCCUCACCAGCCCCGUGCUGAGCAGCGUCGCCUCGCUCCUCACCAUCUUCAUCGUCGCCGUCGCCGACUGGUGGCUGACGGGCCAGCCGCCCAGCGCCGCCGCCCUGCUCGGCGGCAGCAUGAUUGUCGUGGCCUUUGCGCUGCUGAGCUGGAGCACCUACAAGGAGAUGGCCGAGGAGGAGCACGAGAAGGAGGUCGACAUGCCCAGCAGCGACAGCGACGAGGAGUAG